AUGUCCCUCAACUACCGCACCAUCAACGUCGACGUUCUGGACCCGGAGUCCUCGAUUAACUUCCCCAUGGAGACAAUCCUACCCGCUACGUUGCCGACCGCCAUGACCUCAAGCGACGCAGCUGGCGUCGCCAGCCAGGUGCGUCAACUGCUUCGAUCCGGUGAUUCGGAGGGCGCCCUGCGAUAUGUACUAGACACGGCGCCGUUGGGCGGUGACGACCGCGCCAAGGAAGUCCAUCUGGCUACCGUCGUGGAUGUCUUACAGGGGAUUCGACAGGGGGAGAUGACUCGUGUCUUGGAGGGGGUAUGUGCCGGCGACGGAGGGUCAGAGAGAGCGGAUUGUUUGAUGAAAUAUUUGUAUAAGGGAAUGGCUAGUCAGGGUUCGGGUUCGGGUUCAGGACAUCAAUCGGCGAGGAAGUCAGUCUCGCCGCAGAAUACAGGGUUCUCGCAGAUUCAGGGACGUAAUCUGGGCGAGGGGGGUGGUGGUCAGCAGAUGAGUGUGCUCUUGAGUUGGCAUGAGAAGUUGGUCGAGUUGACGGGGACGGGGUCGAUUGUUCGUGUCAUGACGGAUCGGAGGACGGUCUAA